UCAGCUGCUCUUCAGGGAGAGUCAUCAAGUUCAUAAGUGUUUCAUCAUCUGAAACCCUUUCGCAGAAAAGCAGGCUGGUGUUUCACUGAUCACAGAGCAGAUUGAUCACAACGAAAAUGACAAGGCUGUCAUUCAUCGAGAUGACUAUACUGGAAGUAUCUUAUUGGAAAUAAAAUUCCUCAGGGUAUUACAUUUCUUCCUUUGUUCCAGUAAAGCCACUUCAGCCGAUCAUACAGCAUGUGGCUGGCCAACCAGACCCUGGGUGGUGACUUUUUCCUGUUGGGAAUCUUCAGCCAGAUCUCACACCCUGGCCGCCUCUGCUUGCUUAUCUUCAGUAUAUUUUUGAUGGCUGUGUCUUGGAAUAUUACAUUGAUACUUCUGAUCCACAUUGAUUCCUCUCUGCAUACUCCCAUGUACUUCUUUAUAAACCAGCUCUCACUCAUAGACUUGACAUAUAUUUCUGUCACCGUCCCCAAAAUGCUGGUGAACCAGCUGGCCAAAGACAAGACCAUCUCGAUCCUUGGGUGUGGCACCCAGAUGUACUUCUACCUGCAGUUGGGAGGUGCAGAGUGCUGCCUUCUAGCCGCCAUGGCCUAUGACCGCUAUGUGGCCAUCUGCCAUCCUCUCCGUUACUCUGUGCUCAUGAGCCAUAGGGUAUGUCUCCUCCUGGCAUCAGGCUGCUGGUUUGUGGGCUCAGUGGAUGGCUUCAUGCUCACUCCCAUCACCAUGAGCUUCCCCUUCUGUAGAUCCCAUGAGAUUCAGCACUUCUUCUGUGAGGUCCCUGCUGUUUUGAAGCUCUCUUGCUCAGACAUCUCACUUUACAAGACUUUCAUGUACUUGUGCUGUGUCAUCAUGCUCCUGAUCCCUGUGACGGUCAUUUCAGUGUCUUACUACUUUAUCAUCCUCACCAUCCAUAAGAUGAACUCAGUUGAGGGUCGGAAAAAGGCCUUCACCACCUGCUCCUCCCACGUUACAGUGGUCAGCCUCUUCUAUGGAGCUGCUAUUUACAACUACAUGCUCCCCAGCUCCUACCACACUCCUGAGAAAGAUAUGAUGUCAUCCUUUUUCUACACUAUCCUUACACCUGUCUUGAAUCCUAUCAUUUACAGUUUCAGGAAUAAGGAUGUCGCAAGGGCUUUGAAAAAAAUGCUGAGUGUGCAGAAACCUCCAUAUUAAAGUGUGAAAGAACUUAAGUUGGUCCUCUCUUCUUAGAGUCUCUCUUCACUUUAGGUGUCCUUCCACCAAACAAUCAGCAUAUUGUGGUGGUGUCUGACUCCCUGAGUUGUCCUUCAGGGGGAUUCAGUCCAGUGUUCUUCCCUCCUAUAAUCACACUUGAGAUGAUGUUCACUUAUCCCCGCCUUCCCUCGUAGCAUUGAUCUCUAGUCCAGUCCUUCGGGGCCAAUGGUCCUUUUUUUAGCUUACAGUGGAGAAAUAUGAAAAUCAAUGUGUUUAUGACCCUUGAGCACCUUCCACCACUGAGAAAAUUUGUUUUGCUAUCAUGGGCCCAUUGAUGAGUAUGAAAUAACACCAUAUUCAGAGUGUUCCUCAGCAUCCACUCUGUGCUAAACGCUUUUCAUUCACCACCUCAUUCGACCCUCACCCUCUGUGGCUGAGGCUAAGGUCAUCCACAUUUCACAAGUGACAAAACAGCCUCUGAGGCUUCCCCUGACUUGCCCCAAGCAGGGGAUCCUCAGGGACAGGCGGUUCAUGCAUCCAUAGGCAUUUGGAGAUAAACACAUUCAAGACCUCAGAGAUGCUAGAUGUACAGUUGAGAUUUUUCUUCCAUCAGAAUUUCUAGAAUGUGUUCUCAACCAAAUUCUCAUUUUCUGUGAGCAUAUAAGAAGUCAAACCUCCCAAAAUUAGACCAGAGACAUGGGCUAUCCAGGAGACAUGGGCUACAACAUGUUUGGAGUAUAAUUGGUUUAUUCAUAGACUUAAGCAGAGAAAUAUGGAAGUUUCUCACACUUCUCCCUGUUCAAGCCAAUGGUGACACAUACUUAGAAUAUAAUUUCAAAUCACAGUUUUAUGUAUGUGCAUGAUUGUAUUUGUAUUUAACAAAUAACAUAAUUACAACAUCUUGUGUGAUUAUUAUGAUCUGGCACCAUUUGUAGUGCGUGACAUGUAUGGAACACUUUUAUUUUCACAGCCUAUUAUUAGCCUUAUUCUACAGUUGAUUUAACUGAGACCCAUGGGUUUGAGUAACCUGAACAAAAGGGUGUGCAGCUUAUAAAGUGCUCAACAGGGAUUUAAGCCCAGGCAGGCAGGCUGGAGUCCCUGCCCCUGACCACCGCAUGUGCUACGUCUUGUGGAGUCUGUGGCCUUUUCCACACUGCAUUGCCUCUCCAUCUGGGAGGGCCAUACUCCAAUCUUGGAAACACUAUAGUUCCUUCCAUACCCAAUGUUUUCACGUGGCUUUCCCUCUCUUCGGAAUGUUCUUUUUUAUCUGUAAGUACAAGGAUACGAAGAUAACUUUCCAUGACUACAUAAUCUUCCUUUAGGCCCAAGUCAUUCAUUCAUUCAACAAAUAACUACUGAGCCCCUAUAGUUUGCCAGGCCCCGUUCUACAAACUGAGGAUACAUCAAUGAGCAAAACAAAUAAAAAUCUUCAUCUUUUUUAGCACUUAAAGGGUGUAUACAGAAAAUAAAUUUGGUAAUUGAGAAGAAGACAUGGAGUAUUAUCAGAAGAAAAGUGUUGGAAAAUCUUGAGCAGGAGAGGGGUCUUGGAGUGUAGGGGUCACGUUUCAUAUAGGGAUUUAGGCUAAUCCUCACUGGUUAUAGUUGAGCAAAGAUGUGGAGUUUACAAGUUAAUGAGCCACAUUGAUAUUGGGAGAAAUGCUUUCAAGACAGAGCACAGGGACAUCUACCAGUCUGUCAAUCAAGAGUCCAGCAGGACCACGUCUCAGUAAUAGGGAUGAACUAGAUGUAGAUUGAGUCUAACUCAAAUUAUAAAAAAUGAUAGCAAAAUAAAUUUUUCCAACAAACAAAAGUGGAUAAAAUUCUUCAGCCAUAGAAAAAUUAUCUCAAAAGUAAACUCAGAAAUAUAAGCAAAAAUGACAAACAUCAACCCCAAAGAGUAAUAUGUAAAUGAGUCAUAAUCAAUAUUGACUUAGCAAUAAUUUUAAUGUAAUACAGUUUAGAUUUGUGCAAAACUUAAAUGUAUGAAAACUCAUGUUGAAGAUAGUUAUAUCAAUAUUGAUGUAGUAGAGAGGUAGUAAUUUGUGUUAAACUUUAGUAAAUCAAGAGUACAUGCUGUAAUGUUUAUAGUAACCGCCAAAACAAGUUUAUAAAAUGAAAAAAUGAUAGAUUAUUUUAUAUUUCUAAAAGAAGCAAUGAAAGAAUGAAAAAGAGACGUGAAACAGAUGGGCCAAAUAGAAUAUGGUUAGAAGUUAUAGCUCACAUAGAACCCCGAUUAUAUCAGUAAUUAUUACACAUUGCAUGCAUGUAUCAAAAUAUCACAUGUGCCCCAUAAAUAUGUACAAAUAUUAUGUAGCAAUAAAAUGUAAUAUACUAAAUGUUCC